CUCUCUCUUGACAGACCUUGCUCCCCGCCCACCUGUGAGGUGUGACUUUGGUGUGACUUUGGAUGGGAACAAAGUAGCUGCUAUCAGGGUGGUCUAGAUGCUGGAAGCUGUGAUCAGCUUGAGUUUUACACCACACACCAAACUAAGACCAGAGCAAGGAUGCUAUGAAAAGGAUUGCUACUCGCUUUCCAUCACAGAACCCAUGGCCUCUUAUCUUAAAGCAACUCUCUUUAUCUUCAGUCUUUACAGAUUGUCCAGUGCACAAGAUAGCAGCACAACUUGUGAUAUUCCAUGGGUUGAACCACUGGCCAAUACAUCAGUCACCUGCCACUUUCCUAUAAAUGUUAAUCAGAAAAAUAGUAUUUUUGGUGUCUCUUUUGAGAGUAAUGACAGGGAAAAGAAAAUUCAAGAUAUUUUGGACUGCGGAUGGUUCUCAGGAAAAACGAAGUGUUCUACCAACAGACCUGGAUACAAAUACAAUGACAUAAUACGGGUAUCUAAUACAUUCUCCUUAGAGUUUCCACAAGCUUCUUCAGAACACAUUGGAAGAUACACAUGUCACCUUGUAAACAUAAGACCUGAAAAUUUCAAGCCAUGUGAAUUCAGGGUAAAAGUAGUGGGGAAAACAAUGUGCCUAAUUUCAUCGAUGGAAUCAAACACGAGAACGUCGCUAACAUGUUACUACCCAGAAGACCUCAACAAAACAAGAAUGAACUUCACUGUCUACCAUUACUCUAGAACUGGCUUAACAGAAGUUAUCAUGGCUUGUGAAUGGAAGGGAGACAAUUUGACUUGCAACACCACCCAUGGCUACGAGUUUGAUGGCAGAGUGUCCGACUACCUCACUCUCAAGAUCCCUAUGGCCUUGGAGAGUCAAGAAGGGGCAUACAGCUGUCAUAUUUCAGACAAUGGAUUUCUUCAUUAUGACAACUGCACUGUCACACCUGAGAAAAACGAUGCAGUGACCUCAACUUGUCAUAUCUCAAGUGUUGAAGAGGCCAAACCUACAGCACUAACAUGCAAAUUUAGUGUUGAUGUUAAUAUGACUAAAAGGAACUUCACAGUGGUCCGUCUUAGUGAUGCAGACAGAAAAGCUGCAGUCAUCGCAAACUGCACCUGGCUAAGAGAUAAUCUGACCUGUACCACAGCUUUUGGAUACCAGUUUAACAACACCGUUACGGAUCUUGUUAUCAUCAGUGUGCCACAGGCAUCACACAAUCACAGCGGAACAUAUGCUUGUAAUGUGACCGGUACUGUUAGCAGUGGUUUUGAGCCCUGUGAAUUUCUCAUCAUGCCAGAUAAAUCCUCCGUCAGUGGCUUUAUAACAGCGGCCAUUGUCAUCGUCAUUGUCAUUGUCAUGUGCAUCCCUCUGAGUUUGAUCAUUGUGAUUCUUGCCCUGAAAAAAAAGGCAUCACAUAUAAAUACAAGACCAUGCGAGGAAGUAGAGGUUGCUAGUGAAAGGACUCCAAUGAUACCAUAUCAAGAUGGUGAAAUGGACCAAAACCCUUGUGGAAACCUUAGUGAUCAGGACAUGGUCAUGAUUCAAGAAGAAACUGUAGACACGAAUCAAAAGCCAUCGCAAGAACAAGACGUUCUUGGUGGUCACUCGCCAAUUCAGUCAGAUGGACAUGAAGAAGAAAUAAAUCAGACAUCUCUACAAAGUGGUCUUCGUGAUAAGGAUACACAACCUCUAUCUAAUGGAGAUAUAACAGGAAAUGAUAAGACACAAGACGUUCUUGGUAGCCACUCGCCAAUUCAGUCAGAUGGACAUGAAGAAAUGAAUCAGACAUCUCCACAAAGUGGCACUCGAGAUAAGGAUACACAACCUCUAUCUAAUGGAGAUCAUAAGAGACCUCUAAAAAGCGGAGCUCGUGGAGACAGGAUGUCAGUGAUGUCACAACAGAAAAAAAAAGGAUCCCGAAAAAAAGAUGUCGCCACCGACGAUAACCAAGCUGCUGAAAUAGCAGAUGAGAAUACUUGGGUAGAAAUGGAAAUAGACAAAGAGACCACUUCUUACAACCAUAGACAGUCGGGUGGUAUGAUACCCGCAGCUUCCAAUCAAGAUGACACAAGUGAGGUUCAGUGUCCUCACGACCGAAUAUUUAAAAUCCUCAUCAUUGGAGCUUCUGGAAGUGGGAAGAGCACAGCUGGAAAUAUUCUUCUUGGGAAGGACCACUUUCAAGUGUCAAACGCUAAUCCUUUCAUUGCCGAAUCAGUGGCAGCGAUGAUUGGAGAAAAUGACAGGGAAGACAGACAUUUACUGGUUUUAGACACGCCUGACAUCUGUAGUUCAGAGGUAAACAACGACGAUAAAGCGAAAAGUGAACUAGAAAGAUGGCUAAACAUGUGUCCAGACCCUCACCUCAUCCUGUUCACCAUUCGCUACAGUCCCGCGGACCUCAAUGACGCUGUACGGAGGUUCACUAGAGUCAAGGGUCUGUGGGACGAGGACUUUAUUAGGCAGAGGCUCGUGGUGCUCUUCACAUUCGGAGAUGAAAAAGCACCGAGUGAAGAGGAACUCCAGAACACUUCUCAUGCAGGUUUACAGGAGAUUCUAGACUACGCCGGCCAUCGCUACGUCAUCUUUGACCCCACACUCAGGGUCAGCGAGCAACAGAAGCGUGUCGACCAGGUGUUGUGCUACCUUGAUGAGUUAAUAGCACACUUCUCGCUGACCCCACGCCGGAGCCUGAAGAUUAGGAGUACAGUCGCUGCUGAUCCGGGUCACGACCGAUCUGGAAUGCAGAAGGUUUGUGUCCUAUUAGUGGGAAAGACCGGAAGUGGAAAGAGUUAUUUAGGAAACAUACUUUUAGGCAGCAAGUUCUUCAAGGAUACAAGCGGGUUGUUCCGAUAUACACAGAAAUGUCAACAUGGAGAAGCGUCAUUUGGUGGAACAAAACUGACUGUAAUAGACACACCUGGCGUGUGCGACAUUAUCGACACAGAAAAUGACAUUUUUAAGAAGAUACUUAAAGAAGUGGCGACAAUCUGUUCAGGACCUCACGUUGUCAUCUAUGUGAUUGCAUGCGACCGCCGAUUCACCCUGCAAGACUAUUACUGCUUCGAGAGGCUGGAGAAAUCUUUUGGAGAGAACAUCCUACCGUUUCUCAUGAUAGUCUUCACUGGAGGUGACCAGCUGACAGAUCCCGGAGCUGAGAUGACGCAGGCGCUAGAGAAGUCGAUUACGAAAUCCCGCAAGGAGCUGAAAAAAAUGCUUGAGAAGGUGUCUAACCGAUACUGUGUUGUGGGCCGUGGGGUGUCACCCGAAGAGAGAAACUAUCAUGCAAAGGUUGUCCUCGAUAUGAUUCUAGAUUCUGUAGUUAAACCAAAUGCUGGAGCUUAUUUCUCGAGUGACCUGAGCAUCGGAAUGGAGGAGCUUCGUAUAAUAAUACUCGGCAAGACCGGGUGUGGAAAGAGUUCUCUAGGAAACACACUCUUAAGCAGCAAGGUGUUUGAAGAACAAACUGGAAUUAACUCCAUGACAUCCAGAAGUCAAUUUGCAGGAACGCACGUUAACGGAAAAAAUGUGACUGUGAUAGACACCCCUGGUUUGUGGGACACCAGACAACGGGAAGAGACAGCUCUACAGGAAAUAUUCAAGACCACAGUUCUUUGCUGUCCAGGACCUCACGUCGUCAUCAUCGUAUUUCGAUGUGAUGUUCGCUUCACCCAGGAAGAGUAUCAGAGUGUGAAGACACUGGAGAGUUUUUUUGGAGAAAGCAUUCGUCCUUUUCUCAUCAUAGUCUUCACUGCCGGAGACCGUCUCGGAGCGACACCGGACAAGAUGAAGCAAGCCCUAGACAGGCAAAUUGAGCAUGCCAAGGAGAUGAAGGAACUCCUACAGCACGUGUCCAACAGAUAUUGUGUUGUGAGCAAUGCGGGGUCACCUGAACAAAGGAAACAGAGUGCAAAGGCUGUCUUCGAUCUGAUUCUAGAUAAUGUGAUCAGACCAAACGAAGGAAAAUAUUUUACAAACGACAUGAUCAAAAUAAUGAACAAGGAAGUGGAGACAAUCGUUCUUCAUCUUCAAAAAGUCUUUAAGGUGUCAAAAUAUGAGGCUAUUGACAUUUUCAGGACACGUGUAAUUUGCGAAGGGGGAACUGAGAUUGUAAAAAAGCUGGCGGCUUACGUAAGGCUAUUUGCUCGAAGAGAAGCAAUUAAAAUGAUGUUUCGUAAAUUUAGAUGUUCCAUCAUGUAGUAGGCACCAGUAAAACAUUGACGAGAAGACGGCUGCUGCAUGUGAAGACACGAGGGAACAAUACAUUUCUAGUAAAUUUGUGAAUUAAUGGCUGUAUUUAUGUAUUUGAAUCGAAGAUCCCUCUUUGCCUUUUACAAAUAAAACUAAUUUGAUUUUCAUCAUUUUUAGCUAUUUCCAUUGGAGCUAGAGAUUGUUUCAUUAUAACAGAACUCUUUUAUCAAUAACAGAGACAUUUAUUACUGAAAAAGGAUAGGAAAGAGAUCAACUCUUUAUUCCAUACUCAUGUUCUAAUCGAAUUCGUAUUUACAUAGAUACCACUGCAGUUAUGUUUCUGUUUGCUACUCUACAGUGGUUGUUUUUGUUAUUCUAUCAGCAGAAAUAGCUUUGUAAUACAUGUAUUUUCAUUAAAGUAAACAAUAGUCAUAUUGUCAGCGCCGUUAUGUACAAGGUACUCCCUCAAAUAGUGGGUCGGUGUCCGUAUAUUUAUGUUGCUGUCUUUAUGUAUGUAUGUGAAUAUGUGUGUUCCUGUGUGUGUACGUGCGUGUGUGUGUGCAUUUAUGUCACUGUCUUUGUAGUCUUUGUAUGUGUGUGUGAGAGAGAGAAAGAAUGAUCAUUCCAAGGGCACGUGAUGGAAGGUUAAGUACAUCAGCUGCACCACAUCAUUCAUGAUCAUGAAAAAAUAUUGUCUGUCUCUGCUCACAACUGUUUCUGAUUUUAUUUCUGUUUAUCAGUUUCAUAAUAAUGACAUGAUCCUUCGCUGCAUCAUAUGCACUGCAAACAUUGCUGUUCAUUUUAUUCUCUUUGUCAAAUACCGGAUUUGUUUAAUUAUUAUUUGCAAGCUACGAUUUUUAUCUUUGUACUCUAAUAGUUUUUGUAUUUUAGGCCUGAAAAUUCAAUGGCCACACCAAUCGAAUUUGAUUAAGAGAAAUUUGUGGUGUUUUCAAUGAUUAUUCAAAUUGUGUCUGGUAGACUAAUAAUAUCUACCAAUCAUAUUUGAGUAAGUGAGAUCAAUGCUGUAUUUACUAUGUACAUUUAGAGAUUUUGAACUUGAUGACAAUUUGUGAGCAUGCAAAAUAAAACGUGUCUGUCAAUGCUAAUUGUAAAUUUGAUAUCACCAGUUGCAUUCUAUGUACUAACAGUUGUUACGGGUUUUGAUAAGCGAAAUCUGUUUAUCUGAGCACGAGGUAUGUUUUUCUACUUGAUGUAAGCAGUUGUUCUCUUUUACAAACAAGUCAACAAAACCGAGUCUCGUGCUUUCCUUCCAUGUCCCCCUCGAAUUUUCAAAAGUGAAUGUAGAGUUACUUGCUAAUCUUGCAAAAUGCGAUUCUAAUGUUCGUACUUCCAGCUCAAAAGUUCUAGGGGAUUCAUUUGGGUAUAUAAGGAAGACACUUACAUAUGCAAUGCAAGUCUUGUAACAGGCUCUAUUCAUUGUCUUAUAAAGAUGACUGGUUUUUCAAAAUAUCUAUCACAAAACUGACAAUUUACAAAAUACUUUUUGGGCAGUUAAUUUAUUUUAUUAAAAAAAAGUAUUUACUGGUGGUCAGUAUUAUUCUAAAUGGAAAUGCCCUCAAUCGUAAAAUUCAUCUACAGAUAGGCCUCUAUUUUCAUCGAUCUUGUUCUGAUCGAUACCUAAAACUAAAAGACAAAGUCACGCAAAUAUGAAUGAAUGUCCUCAUACAACAGGUAUCAUCAUAAAUUUAGUAAAGUAGAGAAAUUUAUAUAAAAUGAAUUCUUUAAUGAAGAAAGCGUACAUUUUUUGCAACCAAUCUAACUACAACACUUUCCUUGCAUUGAUCAUAGCAUUCUUUUCAUCCUAGGACUGUUUGUGUAUAUAUUUUGUAUACUUUGCUCUCAAAUUAAAAUGUCUCAAAAGCAAAGAUUAAGCAGUUCUUAUCGAUUAUUUACAAAAAAAGUAUAAAAAUCUGGUAAAGUUCUUUCUCUAACAACCUUUUUUAGUCCCUCGUUCUUGUGUUACAUGUGCAACAAGGGACAAAAUCUCUUCUUUCACAUUUUACCUCCCCUGAUCAGUCAAGUAGCAUCUCAUUAAUUAUAGACCCCAGCAAACCCAUUUACCUUCUUCUUCCUCGAGUUUGUUGCAAAACUUUUAACAACAGUUUUUCACAUAAGGUAGCUGUGCGGUAAAUUUGUUUUGGUCUUUGUCGUGAUCUGUACAACAUUUUUGCUUACACGCUGGUCCCCACAAUAGCCAUGUUUCACAAAGUAUUAAAUAAAAUAUAAAAGCAA